UUUUACACAUUCACUCCUCUCUCUCUCUCAAAUCUCAAUUGAUUUCACACUCACAUAAACGAAAAUGGGAUGUUGCAUAUCGUCGGGCUCCGAUCGCUCUCGCCAUCAGAAACCGUGCGCGACAGUGAUCUCCGUCGCCGGAGAGCUCCGGCGGUAUCCUCUCCCAGUCACGGCGUCGCAGGUGAUUACAUUCGAGACGUCGUCGCCGGACUCCGUCUUCCUCUGCAACUCCGACCGCCUCUACUUCGACGACUACAUACCGCGCCUCGACGCGGAGGAGCCGCUGGAGCCUGACCAGAUCUACUUCGUGAUGCCGGCGUCGAGGCUCCAGAGCCGCCUCGCCGCCUCCGACAUGGCCGCGCUCGCCGUCAAGGCCAGCGCCGCGUUCAACGACUUCAAUCCGCGGCGGAGCCGCAAGUCGAGGAUCUCGCCUGUUCUGGUGGCGGAGGAGGAUCCGCGGUCGAUUCAUCCGAUCAAAAUCGGCGGCGAUUCGUCCGUUCACGCCAAACAUCAGAGGAAGGCGGCGCCGUCACCGAGCGGCGUUUCGAGAUCUGGCUCAGUGAGGAAGCUGCAUAGAUACACUUCGCGGCGAGCGAAAUUGGCGGUUCGAUCCUUCAGAAUUAGGCUCAACACGAUCAACGAAGGCUCAAUCCUCCUUAAUUAAUUGAUUGAUUAAACUAUUGAUCGAUUAAUUUCUCCGCUGUAAAUAAUUUUGAGUCCUUUUUUUCUGAAUCCGUCGAUCCACAUUUGGAAUUUGGAUAUUCCAUAGAUAGGAGUUUUUAUUAGUAUGGAAAUCGAAUUGAGUUGAAGCUAUAAUUUGAAGAACAAAACAGAGGUUGAAAAUGCAUGUUCUAGCUGUCGAUCGGCAGAUUUGGAGACAAAAUCAUCAUGUAUUGAUACGUUUGCAGAUAAGAUCAUCUGUCAUUGUGUAUUACUACUAUAAUACCUUCGUGUUCACAUCAUAUGCGAAUAAAUCUCUUCAUAUUUUUGUAAA